AUGAUUGAUGAGAUAACUCUGUUGGCAAACUUCAUUUAAUUGAAAACGGAAACGCUGUAUCAAAGAUCAAAAUUUAGCGGAUUGUGCUUGUACCCAUCUAUCGUAUUGUCGAUAGCCUUUGAUAGAAGUACUGUAAAUAUAGGAACUGUUUUGAUAACAUUGAUUUUAACAGCUAUUUUAAAAAGUCAUAAUAAAUUAAUUUAUAUCUUAAGAUUAUAGGUUCUCUUAUUGUUUCCAGAGCUACUUCUUUAAAAUUAAAAUCAAGCAUUAAUCAGUUCAUUUUUGAUUAACCAAAUAUAUGUGCCUUACUGGCCAAGUUAAAUUGUGUUUUAGAUGGUUUUAGUUAGGUCAGUGAAUGGAUUGUAUUUGGGAUUUGGAUUAGUAAUGUUGUCUAGAUAUUUUGAAAUUUUAAAGCGAAGAUUCUUUAUAUCAUUCUAUAUUCAAGAAUACAACUAAAAUCAGAGAGAGUGUGUGUUGGAGAAACUACCAAUAGACAUUUUCCUCAUUAAUAGCGAAGCCAACAUUUACUAUAGUAAUAAUCAUGUAAAAUAAUUUGAUAAUGAAUUGCAAAGGAAAUUGGCAAACCUGAUUCGAAAGAAGAAAACAGAUGAAAUAACAUUAAACCAUAAAUAUUACAAGAUGGAAUAAUAUCAUUCCGAUUACCUAUUGACACAAUAAUAAUUUAGUUGUGGAGAUAUCGAACUGUUUAUAAAGUUGUCACAAUAAAUAGAUUAAUUGUACAACCUCAUAUGCUAGGACUAUCAGAAAUGGAACAACUUAAGAGCAUUUAAAGUAGUGAAGGAGAGCGAUUUAAGUAUCUUAGGUCAAUGCACCACAGAUUGUAGAUUAUUAAAACAGUAAAUAGAUACCAUAAAUAUUCUAAAUCACGAUUGUCAAUAAAUCAAAUACUAAUCAUCAUCAAAAGACGAGUUUUUUUUGAAGAACUAUGUGGUGAAUGUGAUUGAAUCAAUGGUUAAUCGACUCUAAGAGCAUUUCAAUAUAAUUCAACUUGAAUUUGAGGAGGGCAUUCCAGAAAAGCUUGUGGGAAACAAACAUGGCAUUCUCUAUAGUCUGUAUGCAUUCUUAAUGAGUGCGAUGCUUGUGGAAUAGAAAUCAGAUCUGUUGACAAUAAAUACUAGAAUAGCUUAAGUGUAUUUAGAUAAAUCAGAAUAUGAUCUUGAGAUAUCCAUUAGUUUUCCAUGUUCCAACAAAUAAAUGAAAUUGUAUUGUCAAGAUGAAUUUGAGAAUGAGAAUGAACAAUUUUUGCUAAUCAUGAUCAAAUAAUGUAAGUAAUUGCUCUCGAUUGAUUAUAAAACUGAUGGGGACAACAUUAUCAUCUUAUUGAUAACAAGUGUUCAAUUGUGUGAAAAGAGUGACAAAUCCUGUGAUAAUAUUCAGAUGGUUGAUUUGACUUUUACAAAAAAUGUUAUUGAUGUAAAUCAUUACUUUUGGAAUGCAAAAAGAUAUGCCUCUCCAGCUAUGACUUAUGAUAAAUCCUUGAGAUCACCUAUAUAAAAAUGCACGGCUAAAUUUAAUUUUACUGAUUCUUUGGCUUCAACUAUCCAAUUGAAAUCGAUUCCAAAUUCAGCCUAAGCCUCUGCUGCAAAUUCUAAUGUCUAAUCUCCUGAGAAUACAUUGAUUAAAAAUGAUGAUAUAAUCAGAGAAGUCGAAAAGGCUUUCAAAUAUACUAUACAAUUUCCUUAAAUAAAAGAGGAUAUAAUCAAAUUGCUAGAAUAAACCUUGAAAGUUGCCUACAAUGAAGGAAUCUUGGAUCACGACAAAACCAUACUCGAUAUAGGAUGUUCUCAAAUGGGCUAUGAUAAGUACAGUUAGAUUAGUGUGAGAUCAGACACACCAUUUGUUCAAGAUUAUUGUGAUCAAUUAAUUGAUUAAAAUGACAACGAAUUUUAAAAGAGUAAACCCAAAUAGUUCAAAACUCCUUAAUUAAAACCUAGAGAUUUAGUAAGAUUCGAUAAUUUGGGGCAGCAAGUGGUCCGUGAAUAAAAGAAAAAGCAAGAAAAAGCUAAUAGGUCUAUCUAGGGAAAGAGGAACAAAGAUCAAAAGUAAUUGAGUGUUCUGUUUAGUCCUUCUGUGAUGAGCAAAUUUAGUAACAAUCUGGUAUCCAAAGUCUAAAAAUCCAAAACUCAAUUGCCUAAAAUUGAUGAUAACAAUGAUAAUAAAUUUCAUAUUAGAGUCAGAGAUAAUAGAUUAAGGAAACAACAACGAAAAUGGACUUGUAGAAUUAGACUGGAUGAAUAACCAAAGUAGGAACCGAACAUACUCUGUUUGAUUCCUAAUACUCAAUUUAUUCACGUGGCACAAAGGUUUGGUAAUAGUCAGUAUGGAGAUUUAAUGAUCGGAGAGCCCAUUAUCACUUACUCAGUCUCAGAAUUGAUUGCGAUCUAUAAAUAGCAUUUUAAUGAGGGCAAACAGUUUUGCUUUAUUUUGAUAUACAUUCAUAAGAUUAGUGAAAUCGAGGAAUUGAGCAUUGCUGUGCAAAGCAAUGAAAACUUAUGGUGUCAAGAUCGUGAUUUCAAAAAAACAGUGAUGAUAGGAAUUUACAAUUAAACCUAAUUGAACAAAAAUCUAUAUCAGUUUCUUCAAUACACUAUUCCUUUAAGCUAAGAUGCCGAAUAAUUAGCCAAAUCAAAAGAAUGGAUAGCGGAAAUAAGUAAAUGA